AUGUCUUCAACUGAUUCCAUGGAAGUAUCUCCCGCGCCGCCGUCGCUGUUUGAAGAGAAUAACGACAUCCAAUGGCUUCAAGAGAGCGCCGCUACAGUUACUCUGCCUGAUAAUGCGACGUUACAGGAAAUUCAGUGGUCAGAACUACCACCACCGGAGCUGGUUCCUGUAACUGUCAACGAACCGAGCCCCGUCUACACUGCCGGCCCACCUGUCUACAACCAACAGAAGUUCAACUUUCCGAGCGGCAUCGACCCCGUCAACACUUACAAUCCUCCAACAUACAUGGAUAUUUCGUUUGUGAGCCAACCUACUACCAGUUUCCUUAAUCCAAAUGGAACUGCAGUGGUAAAUGGAUUGCCGAACGGAACCAGUCCUCGUCCCAUGUUGCCGAAUGGGACUUUUGUAAACAACCCAAAUAGCUGGAUGCCAAAUCUGAACCCAAAUCGCCUUAUGACACGAUCUGGAUGGAGCCAAAAUGAAGUUAAAGGUGCCAAGUCUGCAAAUAUCGUUCGGAAACCUAAACGCGUCCGUACAGCUUUCAGCACCCAGCAAAUAAUGGAACUUGAGCAAGAAUAUGUUAGGACGCGGUACUUGGACCGCGAUCGCCGCAUAAAACUUGCCGAGAUACUCAAACUGAACGAACGUACCAUCAAGAUCUGGUUUCAGAACCGUCGCAUGAAGGAGAAGAAAGACAAGGCUGAGAUGCUUGAAGCUUCUUCUUCAAGCACAACUGAUUCCUCAGCGGAUCUGACUACUAUGCCGAUUAUUCAUCAAGAACAACUAGAUAAGGCUUUUAAUGGGAACGUCUACAUGGAGUAUCCAGUAGUUUCUCCUCCAAAUCUGGUAGCUGGUCCGACAAUGUCUAUGGGUCAGCCGACGCAGGGCAUAACGAUGGGUAGCUAUGCUUAUGUGCCAGAAGGCUAUAACUACAGACAAAUGCAUUUGCAAAUGCAAUACCCUACGCUGUUUGAAGAGGCUAACGAAAACCAAUGGCAUCAAGAGAGCGCCGCUACUCUGCCUGAUAAUGUGACGUUACAGCAAAUACAGUGGUCAGAACUACCACCACCGGAGCUGGUUCCAGUAACUGUCAGCGAACCGAGCCCCGUCUACACUGCCGGCCCAACUGUAUCCUUAUGA